AUGGUGGCCAAUGGCAAAGGUGGAAAAAAAUUCUCCAAAGCAUUGAGGUUCAGAGGCCUGAAAGAUAGUGAAAACCAAAUUGCUCAUGGAUUUUCCAAUGAUAGAAAUGAGAUGGACGGAAAUAGAUCUUUGAGAAAUGUAUUCAAAAUGGAAAGCCUUGAUUUUGAUCAAAGUGCUCUUGAAAUUUUCCAUCCAAAUCCAAAGAUCAAAGAAAAUCUCACCAAAUUUUUUGAGAGGAUGCAGAUAGAUGGAGGAGGAAAGAUUGUGUUGAAGAUGGACAAUGCUCCCAAAGCAUUUGAUGAGCUUGCAAGUAUUUAUGAUAACAGAAAAGAUCCUCAACCUUAUAAUGCUGGCCCAGAAUACACUAAGCAUGCAAGUUUCUUCAGGAAUCUCAUCAGAAAAGGGUUCAAAGAAAUCUGGUUUAAUCAACAGUAUUGGUUCAAUUUUUGGGCAAACAGAACUGGGAUUAACUUGAAAGAUGAAUUAAAAAAUAGGGGAAUUUUGUUGGCCAAUUCCCAGAGAUUACUUGCCAUCUUCCUGUACUUUGUGGACAUGAUAGACACCAUCAUCCCUCCAAAUCCAACCAAUCAAUCCUUCUCAUCCAUUCAACAUAAGAACACUCUUUUCAAAAUCGCCAUCCUCAGAUUCCAAGCAUUCGAAAAAAACAAUUCCUCCAGGAUCCUUUCCCAGAUCCAUUUCCACGGCAAUCUCCCCGCUUUUGUGUGGGAUUUGCUGUACUUUUGGCUCAAGGAUCCUGGCAAUUCAGGGCUUCAAGAACUUGCUUAUAAUCCAAAUGGACUGAGAAAUUCUAUGUUCAAAAAGUUCUUUAAUGCGGUCUUUAAGUUCUCUUGUACCAAAUUGAAUCUCAGAUUGAAAUAUGGUCCAAAUAUGUCUUGA